UCCUUUUGGACCACACGAAAGGAGAGAAAUUCUGUCGCUAAUCUUCCACUAGUCGACCAAUAAAAUAAUGCUCUUUUCACAUAAUCAACUACUGUUAUCUUUAUAUAAAGUAUAAAGUGAUCUUUCUUUCUUGUAUAAUUGGGAUAAGUGGUCACCUGGGAGGUCGUAGCUAUGGCGGUUGCAUCAGCAAUAACAGGUGAAGGAGGGCAAUACAACGGCAGGAUCACCCUUCUCGUUGUUCUGUCAUGCGUGAUGGCUGCCUCCGGAGGACUUAUCUUUGGCUAUGACCUUGGAAUUUCAGGUGGAGUGACCUCCAUGGACCCUUUUCUCAAGAAGUUCUUCCCAAAUGUGUACCGAAGGAUGAAAGCAAAUACCAAGAUUAGCAAUUACUGCAAAUUUGAUAGCCAGCUGUUGACCUUGUUUACAUCUUCACUCUACAUAGCUGGCUUUAUUGCUUCUUUCUUUGCAUCACCUGUGACCAGAGCCUUUGGACGAAAGGCAUCCAUGCUUGUAGCAGGGGUUGCAGUCCUUGCUGGUUCAGCACUUGGUGGUGCUGCUUCUAACGUGUACAUGCUUGUAUUUGGGCGUGUUUUUCUUGGCAUUGGACUUGGCUUUGCAAACCAGUCAAUCCCACUCUAUAUCUCUGAAAUGGCGCUACCAAAACAAAGAGGAGCAAUGAACAUUAUCUUUGAAUGUGGAAUUGGAUUUGGAGUACUCAUAGCUAACAUCAUCAAUUACGGCACCGAAAAGAUUGAGGGCGGUUGGGGCUGGCGUAUCUCCCUAUCCCUGGCCGCAGUCCCUGCAUCAAUCCUGACACUAGGUGCACUUAUUCUCCCAGACACACCGAACAGUUUAAUUCAGACUACCAACGACCACGAGAAGGCCAAACGUGUGCUUCAGCGUAUAAGGGGCACCAUUAACGUGCAAGCAGAGCUUGAUGAUCUCAUCCAAGCAAGCUCAAUCUCGAAAACAAUCAACAACCCAUUUAAGAAAAUCAUACAGAGAAAGUAUAGGCCUCAACUGGUCAUGGCAGCAGCUAUACCAUUUUUCGCACAAAUGACGGGGAUCAACGUCAUUACAUUCUAUGCUCCAAUACUUUUCAGGACAAUUGGCCUACAUGAAAGUUCUUCGCUCUUGUCUGCAGUUGUGAUUCGCCUUGUCAGUACUUCUUGUAUAUUCAUAUCUAUGUUUGCAGUGGAUAAGCAUGGGCGAAGAGUACUGUUUAUGAUUGGGGGAACUCUAAUGCUCGCGACACAAAUAACGAUCGGAGGGCUGAUGACAGCUUUGCUAGGGGAUCAUGGUGGAUUGAGCAAAGCCAGUGGUUACUUGGUUUUGGUUUUGGUAUGUAUAUAUGUUUCCGGGUUUGGAUUGUCUUGGGGCCCUCUCGGAUGGUUAGUCCCUAGUGAGAUUUAUCCAUUAGAGAUUCGAUCAGCAGGCCAAAGCAUUACAGUAGCAGUCAGCUUUUUCUUCUGUUUCCUUGUUGGACAGACUUUUCUGGCCAUGCUUUGCCACAUGAAAUCAGGGAUUUUCUUCUUUUUCGGGGGAUGGGUGGCGGUGAUGACCACAUUUGUGUACUUGUUGUUGCCAGAGACCAAGAACGUGCCCAUUGAGAAAAUGGAGAAAGUGUGGAGGGAGCACUGGCUGUGGAAAAGAAUUGUGGGAGAUCAAGUGGACGAGAAAGCCUUCAUAAGUUGAAAUAAGCUUUCAUCUUGAUUUGCAAGACGGAUAUAGAAUUAAUCCCUGUUUGAUUACUUAAGAUAGCCAGACCCUGUUGCUGUUGUACGAAUAUAGAAGAUAUAGAAUAUAUUACUGUACUUCUCUAUAGUUAAAUCCUUUUCUAGUUAAGAAAUAAUGGAGCCUAGGCUCCUGGUGGGAUAUGACUAGGAUAAUGUUGUCAUUCAAAUGUCAUCCAUCCAAUAACUUGGAAUCUAAAAAUUAAGAAUUUUUAA